AUGUCUUACCAAUCGAGUGAUGAGGAUGAUGACCUGAACAAAGCAAUUGCUCUAUCUUUGCAAGACGCUGAACAGCUUUCUUCACCAGCACCAAAACGGCCCGUGGUGAUCGAUCUUAUCAGUGAUGAUGAUACAGAUACUGACGACCUUGAUCAACCGGCCGUCCGUGAUAAGCCUCCGUCAGGCUCGGGUCAAAAAGGCUCCGUUGUACCAGAUAAUGAGAUCAAACUAGAAGAAUCUCUGGUGAUAAGGCCACAAGUCCGAAACGCUGAAACAAAGCACGCUAAUAGCCAGGCCGCAGCCAAGCCCGUGAAUCAAAGUGGACAAGAGCUCUCCAAACCAUCUGAUAUUAAGGAACCAACAGCCAUGAUGUCAGGUCUUGGUGGCCUUGACCGGAAGAAAAUGGAAGAAGAAAGGCUCGCCAGAGCAGAAAAACGAAAGGCUAUAUCGUCACAGCCAGAAAACAGUGAUGUAGCCGAACCGCCGUUGAAGAAGGCAAUAUUAGGCCCAGGCCUGAAGUCAUCUGGAAUGUCUGAUCGACCGCUCACAGACAAGCCAGGUGGCAGAAACGUGGCAGGCAAAUCUGAUACCAAGCUCAUGAAGUCGGAGCCAGCAAUGCUUGCGGAUAUCGAGCGCUUCACCCCUGGUCCAGAUGAUACCCGGAGAUUGGAAGAGACCAGCCGCACUAAGAUGCCAGAGGCCCAACCAUCCAAGGACCAGCAGCCUCGAAUGGGAUCUGGAGUCCAAUAUCCACAUGGUGUCGUCAAACAGACGUGGGCGUUUGGCUUUCCAAGAUCGGGGGACAUAAAGAUUGAGGAGGUUCUCCAGAAAAACGAUCUUGAUCUGGCGGUCCUUAGCUCAUUCCAAUGGGAUCAGGAAUGGAUCCUGUCGAAAUUGGAUAUGGCGAGGACUAAACUAAUACUCAUUGCUCAAGCAGUACCUAGAGACGAUCAAGAAGAAGUCAGAAAGAGCGCCCCAAGUAAUGUGAGAUUCUGCUUCCCUUCCAACAAGGAUGAAACAGUCAGCACUAUGCACUCGAAACUGCAGCUGCUUGCUCACCCGAGUCAUUUGAGAGUCGUCGUACCAAGUGCCAAUCUCGUUCCAUACGACUGGGGAGAAACAGGAGUAAUGGAAAACACCGUUUUCUUGAUUGACCUGCCCAGGUUGGCAGCCAACAAGGUUGUAUCCAUUGAAAACCUUACACCAUUUUGUAGAGAACUUCGGCGCUUUUUGAAAGCUCAGGGGUUGGACUCCAAAAUUACCGAUAGUCUCUUGAAGUUUGAUUUCUCGCAAACCGCAGGUCUGGCAUUUGUGCAUUCGAUAGGAGGCAACCACACGGAAAACGAUUGGAAAACCAUCGGCUACCCUGGUCUUGGUUCUGCAAUUCAAGAACUGGGACUCGCCAACACCGGUCCUUUGAAUGUAACAUUCGUUUCUGCAUCAAUCGGUGCACUCACGGACGAUUUCGUGCUGGCCAUUCUUCUGGCUUGCAAAGGAGACGAUGGCUUGACAGAACUUACUUGGCGGACGAGCACCUCCCCAGCUUACAGAAAGCGCACUACUAAAGAGGAGACGCUGUUAAUGGAGAUGGAAGAAGGUUUCCGUAUUAUGUUUCCAAGCCACGAGACCGUCCGAACAAGCAAAAAUGGCACGAAUUCGGGGGGUACGAUAUGCCUUGAUCCGAAAUAUUACCAGCGGGAACAGUUUCCGAAGGAAUUGUUCCGCGACUGCAAGAGCAAGAGGGCCGGGUUAUUGCUGCACAGCAAGCUGCUCUUCACCGCACCAACUCACAUGAAUGCCGAUGGAGACCGGGGCAAAGCGUGGGCGUAUGUCGGGAGUGCCAACCUCUCGGAGAGCGCUUGGGGGCGCCUCACGAAAAACAAGAGCACCAAGCAGGUGAAGUUAUAUUGCAGGAAUUGGGAGUGUGGAGUCGUCAUCCCGGUGAACCGAUCCGCUUCAUCACAAAACAUAGACACUCCAGCAACUAUGCCCCGACAGACUGCGCAGGACCACGAUAUCGAUAUAAGUUCAAUAUUUGAGGGAGUAGUGCCGGUUCCGAUGGAUUAUCCAGGCCUGGAAUAUGGGCAGGGUCGCCCUUGGUUCAGGAAUGAACAGUAG